AUGUCGGUUACGGCGUUGGGGUCGAAGCGUGCCCUGUACGACAUCUGGCCGCUCAAAAACAAAAAGUUCUUCGUCCUGGUGGACCCGCACAACAUAUUGGGGGCAACAACAGAUUCCCACGCCACAGUGAACACCAUUGACUACCUGAUAAAGAAGAAGGGGGCUGUGGUGGUGGGGGCGUCGUUUGGAGCACUAUGCGGUAUUCCAUUAAACUUGCCGCGGCAGGAGCGCGAGGAGGCGAUUGAGGCCUUUCGCCGCGAGGAAGGCAUGGGAUUGAGCAACUUUUUCUCCUCCCUCUCGCCCCAAGCGAAGCUGGAGGUGUUGCGGGGUGUGCCGGGGUUUGAGGUCCCAUCCACCUGCUCUGUCGACUGCGACACCGGCAAGACACGGGCAUUUUCGCGACUGGAAAAUGCGGCAAAAUUCGACGCGUUACGUCGCGUAUUCCCAAAGGCGGAAUUUUCGCCGGUCUCGACUUUGCCGUUUGUCAAGGCGCUCUCCAAGCUUCUCCCAGGUGUUAAAGUAACGUUUGCCCGAGAUUGCUUGCGCCCACCGCUGCACCAGCUUAGCCCCGGGGAUGUGCUGGUGCUGGAAAACCUGCAGUUUUAUUCCAAUGAAACUUCGUCGGACCCGGCAAAACGACGGGCUAUGGCGGAGGUGCUUGCGGCAGGCAUCGACGUGUUUGUAAAUGAGUCCUUCUCCACGGCCAGCAAAGAGCACGCAAGCAACACGGCCCUGCCCAAACUUCUACAACAUGGUGCUGCAGGACUUUCCAUGGAUCGGGAGUUGGCGUUUUUCUCCAAGUUUCUUACCCACCCUGCCCGGCCUAUCGCGGUGGUGGUUGCCGGGACACAUGUCCCGGAAAAACUGCUCUUGAUACGGAGUUUAAUAGGCAAGGUGGACAAGAUACUUAUUGCGGGUGCAUUGGCAAUCCCAUUUUUAUCAGCCAAGGGAUUAACGUGUGGGAAGUCGUUGAACUUAUGUGAAGUAGUAAAGCGUACACAACUAAAAAGCCGAGGUGGAAACAUCGUGGAGGAGUCUGUUCCUUGUACACAAUUAGCCGAUGAAAUCAUUUCACUAUGUGAGGCGAAUGGGACCGAAUUGGUGUUGCCUGUUGACCACGUGGUGUCGAAGGAAUUGACAAACAGCAAGGAGACCGUGGCUGUCGUUGUAGAGUCUAUGGCUGUUCCUUCAGAUGUUUAUGCUAUGGAUUGUGGGGCCAGUACAAUAUCACUUUUCGCCAAGUACAUUCGUGCGUGUCAGUGUGUAUAUUGGACUGGAACCUUUGGCUGGACCAAUCUUGGCUACAAUGCGGGCACACAUGCCUUUGCCACGCUGCUCGCACAAGAGCGAAAACUAUCUAUCAUCGGCGGACGCAGCACUGCCUCUGCUGUUCAAAAGUUUGAGCUUGCCCCAUAUUUUUCCCACAUUUCUGGAGGUGGGGUGUCGUGUUUAGAGGUGCUGCAGGGGCAUCUUCUUCCUGGCGUCGAGGCGCUCUCGGAUGUGACUCCGGGGUUGGACUCUAAGAGUACGGUUUCCGUAGAUGAAUUGUUGAGAAAUCUUCCCCUUUUUUCAGGGUGCACGUCGCAUCAAAUUCAGGCUGCGGCACGGAAAUUUGCGCGACGUCUUCAUGCGUGUGGAGAUUACUUGGCAUACCGGGGAGAUCGCCAUGUAAGUAUGUGGGUGGUUGCCGAGGGGGGGUUGGUGGCACGCCUUGGCGACAACACCUUGACCAUCCCUUCCAGAUUCAUUGGACGUGGACAGACGGUGGGCAUGUACGACUUUAUUACCCAAGCCUUUGCGGUGGAGACAGUUCAGGCAGCUGUGAGUGGAACAAUAACGUACCAGUUAACCUCCUCCUCUCUUAAUGACCUCCUUAAUGAGCAUCCAGACUUGGCAGCGCAGUUUUUACAAAACGUUUCUGAACCCCUAUCGAUGAUGGCAACUGAAGAAUACCAAAACCAAGCUUCCUUGCGAUGCGUCCUGCGUCGCGCGGCCGUUUGUUCCCGCGUGCCGGGUCCGUAUGCCGUGCCUGAGGAGUGGGGGUUAAUUGAGGAUAUCGUACAGGACGUGGUGUCGGCCUUGGCCUUGCAGAAAUUGACGAUGCAAUACACUGAUUACCCUGCCCUCUCUCCGAUGCAACAGGACAACUACCUUUGGGGAAAGUUGGCGUGUCACGGUGGUCUUCUUCCGGUCCUAGGGGCAGCGGUUUUGCGUGAUGUGGCCUACCAUAGAGCCGUUUCGCUUGGAUUAAUGUACGCAACUAUCCGAUCUGCCCUCGUUACUGCUCCCCUGCGUUUGAUGGCAAUGGGGCGCAACUGGAGUGGGUUGACCUACAGGGCAGUAUUGGACGAAGCACUGGCGUCAGUCGCCGUAAGUUGGGUUCCACUCGCGGCGCAUGCCAGCUUCCUCGCCAUGCAACGCCGUUUGGAACUUCUUAAGAGGUCCAGGUGUACGCGGUUUGUGCAACUUCUUAUCAUGGUCGUUGUUAGACUUUUUCUGGGAUUUAUUGUUUUUGCCCUCUUGUUUCGCCGCAAUCGUGACGCUGAGUCCACGUCGCUGCUGGGGCUCUUCAGGACAGACGCCUUUAAGGCGUACGAGCUGAAGCAGGCGAUUUCCGUCUUAUUGCGUUUUGGGGUGCAUUUGCUGCUGGGCGUGGUGUGGCGCGCGCACGCGCACGUGGUGUCGCGGCGUCAUCGACGCCAACUUGACGAUCGAAAGUAG